AUGCUCGUCAGGCGCCUCUUGUUCAUCGUUACUGCUCUGGCCUUCGCAGACCGCAUGGCCACAACGCAGAUCAGAACGGCGUUCCUCUGCUCGAUUGACGCAGAACAGUCUUGCAUUUUCGCCGGCCAAGGUGUCAUCGUGAAAGGCACUGGGAUCAUCGGCUCUGGCCCAAUUGGCGGCGGCUCCACUGGCACACUUUACCUCAUCGACAAGGUCGGUGGCUGGGGAUCCACCCUUGGCUGCGACGGGCAAGGGUGGUGGGGGUUCGACUUUCGUGGGAAGAGCAGGGACGCAUACUUCAGCGGCAAGACACAGCAGGUGAACGGAAAGCUUUCGGCUUUCUUCAGCAGCGAUCAGAGCAACGGUACGACGCACGGCGAGAUCAGAUCGAGCAUGUUCACCAAGGCCUAUCUUCUCAUCGCCGUGGCUGUCGCCCUCGCUAUCGCCCGCGCUGAGGGCGAAGCUCAGAUCGAUCCCGCGCUCCAGUGCACUACGGACUUGGAGCAGUCGUGCAUCUUCGCUGCUGCCGGAAUCAAUGUUACGGGUAAGGGUAUUGCUAGCUCUGUAGCCCCUGGUCCGGGAUUGCCGGGUAUGGUCCAUCUGAUUGACAAGGCUGGCGGAUCUGGCAAUAUCACGGGCUGUCAGGGCCAGGCCACCUGGCUCUUCGAUUACACUGGCGAAAGCAAGGAGGCUUCCUUCAGUGGCAAGAUGCAGCAGGUCAACGGCAAACUCAGUGGCUUCUUCAACAGCAAUCCUACGAUGAUGGUGACGCGCGACGAAGUCAAGUCCGUCACGAAGGGGGACGACAUGACUGUCUACUGUGCCAUGAGCUCCAAAGUUUUCGGGGGAAUCUGA